AUGGCCAAGAUGGAGGUGAAAACAUCACUGCUGGACAAUAUGAUUGGAGUUGGAGAUAUGGUUCUUUUAGAACCUCUCAAUGAGGACACUGUCAUCAACAACCUCAAGAAGCGCUUUGACCACAAUGAGAUAUAUACUUACAUUGGAAGUGUGGUUAUAUCCGUUAACCCAUACCGGUCAUUGCCCAUUUAUUCACCAGAGAAAGUGGAAGAUUACAGGAACAGAAAUUUCUAUGAACUGAGCCCUCAUAUCUUUGCCCUGUCAGAUGAAGCAUACAGAUCCCUAAGAGAUCAAGAUAAAGAUCAGUGUAUUCUGAUUACUGGGGAAAGCGGAGCAGGAAAAACAGAGGCCAGCAAGCUUGUUAUGUCCUAUGUGGCAGCUGUUUGUGGAAAAGGAGCAGAAGUUAAUCAAGUUAAAGAACAGCUUUUACAGUCCAACCCAGUUCUGGAAGCAUUUGGAAAUGCCAAGACUGUAAGGAAUGACAACUCCUCUAGAUUUGGCAAAUAUAUGGAUAUUGAAUUUGACUUUAAAGGCGAUCCACUGGGAGGAGUGAUAAGUAACUAUCUUUUAGAGAAAUCUCGAGUUGUUAAGCAGCCAAGAGGUGAAAGAAACUUUCAUGUGUUUUAUCAGCUGCUUUCUGGUGCCUCUGAAGAGCUUCUCAAUAAGCUUAAACUUGAGCGGGAUUUCAGCAGAUAUAACUACCUGGGUCUGGACUCGGCCAAAGUUAAUGGAGUGGAUGAUGCAGCAAAUUUCAGAACCGUUAGGAAUGCCAUGCAGAUCGUGGGUUUCAUGGACCAUGAAGCUGAGUCUGUGUUAGAGGUGGUGGCUGCGGUGUUGAAGCUGGGGAACAUUGAGUUCAAGCCCGAAUCGCGAGUGAAUGGCUUAGAUGAAAGCAAGAUCAAAGAUAAAAAUGAGUUAAAAGAAAUUUGCGAACUGACCGGCAUUGACCAGUCAGUUCUAGAGCGAGCUUUCAGCUUCCGGACGGUUGAGGCCAAGCAAGAGAAAGUUUCAACUACACUGAAUGUGGCUCAGGCUUAUUAUGCUCGUGAUGCUCUGGCUAAAAACCUCUACAGCAGGUUGUUUUCAUGGCUGGUAAAUCGAAUCAAUGAAAGCAUUAAGGCACAAACAAAAGUGAGAAAGAAAGUCAUGGGUGUUUUGGACAUUUAUGGCUUUGAAAUUUUUGAGGACAACAGCUUUGAGCAGUUCAUUAUCAAUUACUGUAAUGAAAAGCUGCAGCAAAUCUUCAUUGAGCUGACUCUUAAAGAAGAGCAAGAGGAGUAUAUACGGGAGGACAUAGAAUGGACUCACAUUGAGUACUUCAAUAAUGCUAUCAUUUGUGACCUAAUAGAAAAUAACACAAACGGGAUCCUGGCCAUGCUGGAUGAAGAGUGCCUUAGGCCGGGCACGGUCACGGAUGAGACCUUCUUGGAAAAGCUGAACCAAGUCUGCGCCACCCACCAGCAUUUUGAGAGCAGGAUGAGCAAGUGCUCCCGGUUCCUCAAUGACACGUCCCUUCCUCACAGCUGCUUCAGGAUCCAGCACUAUGCCGGCAAGGUGCUGUACCAAGUGGAAGGAUUUGUGGACAAGAACAACGAUCUUCUCUAUCGGGACCUGUCCCAAGCCAUGUGGAAGGCCGGACACGCCCUCAUCAAAUCUUUGUUUCCUGAAGGAAACCCUGCCAAGAUCAACCUGAAAAGGCCUCCUACAGCCGGCUCACAGUUCAAAGCAUCCGUAGCCACUCUGAUGAAAAAUCUACAGACCAAGAAUCCAAACUACAUUAGGUGUAUCAAACCGAAUGAUAAAAAAGCAGCACACAUCUUCAAUGAGGGCCUAGUGUGUCAUCAGGUCAGGUAUCUGGGUCUUUUGGAGAAUGUCCGCGUGAGAAGGGCAGGCUAUGCCUUCAGGCAGGCCUAUGAACCUUGCCUAGAAAGAUACAAAAUGCUGUGUAAGCAAACAUGGCCUCACUGGAAAGGACCAGCAAGAGCUGGUGUGGAAGUUUUGUUUAAUGAAUUGGAGAUUCCUGUGGAAGAAUACUCCUUUGGUAGAUCAAAGAUAUUCAUUAGAAACCCAAGAACAUUAUUCAAAUUAGAAGACCUGAGGAAGCAACGGCUUGAGGACCUGGCCACUCUCAUUCAGAAGAUUUAUCGGGGGUGGAAAUGUCGCACACAUUUCCUGCUGAUGAGAAAAAGCCAAAUUGUGAUUGCUGCCUGGUUCAGGAGAUACGCGCAACAGAAGAGAUAUCAGCAGAUAAAGAGCUCUGCCUUGGUAAUUCAAUCUUAUAUCCGGGGUUGGAAGGCCCGGAAAAUCCUGCGGGAACUGAAGCAUCAGAAGCGCUGUGAGGAAGCCGUCACCACCAUUGCAGCCUAUUGGCACGGCACCCAGGCGCGAAGGGAACUGAGCCGGCUGAAGGCGGAGGCUAGGAAUAAACAUGCUAUUGCAGUUAUUUGGGCUUACUGGCUUGGAUCUAAGGCUCGAAGGGAGUUGAAGCGCUUGAAGGAGGAGGCUAGGCGUAAGCAUGCAGUUGCUGUCAUUUGGGCUUACUGGCUUGGACUGAAGGUACGCAGGGAGUACAGAAAAUUCUUCAGAGCCAAUGCCGGCAAGAAAAUAUAUGAAUUUACACUUCAGAGAAUUGUGCAAAAAUACUUCUUGGAAAUGAAAAAUAAGGUGCCUUCCUUAUCUCCGAUAGAUAAGAAUUGGCCAUCGAGACCUUACCUGUUCUUGGAUUCUACUCACAAGGAACUAAAAAGGAUUUUCCACUUGUGGAGGUGUAAAAAAUACAGGGACCAAUUCACAGACCAACAGAAACUUAUCUAUGAAGAGAAGCUAGAAGCCAGUGAACUCUUCAAAGACAAGAAGGCUUUAUAUCCUUCUAGCGUUGGGCAGCCAUUCCAAGGGCCUUACCUGGAAAUCAACAAGAAUCCCAAGUAUAAGAAACUUAAAGAUGCCAUUGAAGAAAAGAUUAUCAUUGCUGAGGUUGUGAACAAAAUUAACCGUGCUAAUGGGAAGAGUACAUCCCGUAUUUUCCUCUUAACAAAUAAUAAUCUGCUUCUUGCUGAUCAAAAGUCUGGACAGAUCAAGUCAGAGGUUCCCCUGGUGGAUGUAACCAAAGUAUCCAUGAGCUCACAAAAUGAUGGCUUCUUUGCCAUCCACCUCAAAGAGGGCUGCGAAGCAGCUAGUAAGGGAGACUUUCUCUUCAGCAGUGAUCACCUGAUUGAAAUGGCCACCAAGCUCUAUCGGACAACUCUCAGCCAAACCAAACAGAAGCUCAAUAUUGAAAUUUCUGAUGAGUUCCUGGUGCAGUUCAGGCAGGACAAAGUGUGCGUGAAGUUUAUUCAGGGCAACCAGAAAAACGGGAGUGUCCCAACCUGCAAACGAAAAAACAACCGCCUCCUUGAAGUUGCCGUCCCUUAA